GCAGGCCGCAAAGUGCACUUUCGGUAGUCGAUCCGAAUAUCAUCAUGUCACUUUUCGCUGCAACUGCAACCCCAGUGGCAUGCAAGAGAGAUUGUCAAGAAGAAGAAGAAGACGAAGGAAGAAUCACAUCUACUGGAGACCCAGCAAGUCAAUCGUCAGGAGAUAAUGCCAGCAGGUCAGCAGAGGCAGUGGCAGACAAGUGGGCCAGGAAGGAGUUAAUGAUGGACGGUGCCGAUUUGCUCGGCAAGAUCCGUCUUCCGCAGUAUCUCUUAUUGGCUAGGGCACUGCUACUCCAGGAGGAACAUACAACCACCGGUUUGACAGCAGGUGUUGGUGGCUCAGUGAGUGAAGGGACUGGUGCUGGGAAGAGGAGGUUUUGUGGACCUUAUACAACUUCCUGGUGGAUAGCAAGGACACUUAUGAUGCAUCAGCGAGUUCUGACGGACUCAUCUCCGUCCUUGGUGACACCAAUGACGAGUGCCAUGAAGCAAACUUUGGUGCUGUUUGGAGGUGAGGAUCAGGAGGGUGAAGCAAGAGCUAGUCAAUGGUGGAGCUGCUGCUGCUCAGCGAGAGAGAAAAAGGUGAUUCGAGUGGCAGCUCUUGUGGAAGCUGGCCUGAUGGAAAAUGCCUAUGGGCGUGUUGAUCCAGCAAGGUCAUGGUUUGUGAAGGCUGCGAUGGCCUGUGGCAUUGAUAUAAGCAUUACUGGUGCGUUGGGGUUCCGCACUCGUCAUCAGGUUGAUCCAAAGGCCCAGAUGGUUUUGAAAACCCGUUCAUUGGCAAUCAACAGUGGGGGUGAAUGUAGAAAUUCCGCCCCUAUCUCGGAUGACGAUGAGGACAGUGAGAUCGAGACUGACCACGGACAAGGAAUUCCAGAGGAAGAAAGUAAAAAUGGAAGAGAAAUGGGUGGGGGGGAAACGUCAACAAAGGUUCAAGGGCAUGAUAAAGAAGGGUAUGGAGAGGGGAUGUAUGCUGAAUAUGGGAGCAGUGAUGUCCUCAAGGCACCAGUCCUGGUGGAGCAGGGAGAAAAUGGAAAUCGACCAGCCGAAGUUCUCAGCGAGAAGAAAGGCCGAGAGCUGACUCAACUUAGGUCUAUAGAACAAGUGGUGGUGCUCGCAAAAUGUGUUGAAGUGCGCAAGAAUAGUCCGUCAGAUGAGCUCAGAAAUUGGCAGAUGGCACCGUACAUUGAAGCUCUUGAAUCUCAAAGAAAGACGACGUUCACAGUGAAAGCGGCUUGCAGUUUGCUAAGGAGCAGAUGGGAGCGGGAGAGGUCGCGGACGCGUGAGCGCUCACUGAUGCUCAUGGAGGAGCUUGUAUGGUGGGAGCUGGGGGAGCAGAUGGUUUCCAGUGGCCUGAUUGGCUCCGCAUUGAGAAUAUUUGAGGAAAUGGAGCUGUGGGACAGCCUCAUUAACUGCUACAGGCUGCUUGGGAAAACAGCACAGGGGACGGCAUUGGUGACUGAGCGACUCAAGGUUACACCUGACGAUCCACGCCUCUGGUGUUCCUUGGGAGAUCUUACUCAUGACGAUGAUGCAUAUCGGACUGCAUGGAGAGUUUCAGGGCAACGUUAUGUGCGGGCACAGCGAUCUCUCGCUAGGUCUGCGAUGAAGCGCAAUGACUUUAUCAAGGCCAUUGGACACUGGGAGACGGCGCUGACUAUCAACCCCCUUCAUGCAGACGGAUGGUUCUCGUUCGGAUUCUCGGCGAUGAAGGCAGGGGAGGAUGACAAAGCACUGAAUGCAUUCACAAGGUCUGUGCAACUGGAUCCUGAUUGUGGGGAGGCAUGGAACAACAUUGCGGCUUUGAACAUGAAGAAGAAGAGAUCUAACGGGGCCUUCAAGGCACUGCAAGAGGCACUGAAAUUCAGGCGUGAGAGCUGGCAGACUUGGGAAAACCUUGUGCAGGUAGCAAUUGACAUCAGGAAUUAUUCGCAAGUACCAAGAUUGUAUGAUGAUGAUGAUGGUGAUGAUGGUGAUGAUGAUGAUGAUAAUGACGGUGAUGAUGAUGAUGAUGAUGAUUAUGAUGAUGAUCAUGAUGAGGAUGAAGAUGGUGAUGGUGAUGGUGAUGGUGAUGAUGAUGAUGAUCCAUGGGCACUACCACCCAACCCCCCUCCAUUACCAGCGGCAGGCUUAGGAGUUUCUGGAGGAUGAGAAUUUGCAGCAAAGAUGGGAAGACUAUGGGCAAAUUCUGGAGAAUGA